CCUGCAGUGUCCACUUGUUCUCAGCCACAUCCCCAGGGUCAGGGGGCAGCACGGUGGUGUCCGAAGCCAGCCUGAGCCAGCCCGCCGGAGCCCGCGCUCUCCUUCGGUGCCAAAGCCUACGCAUGGUGUGGACGCAGGACCGCCUGAAUGACCGGCAGCGAGUGGUCCACUGGGACCUGAGCGGCGGCCCCGGCAGCCCCUCACGCCGACUCCUGGACAUGUAUUCUGCCGGGGAGCAGCGCGUCUAUGCCUCCAGGGACCGCAGCCGCCUACUCCUGGCGCCCUCGGCCUUCCAGGACGGCAAUUUCUCCCUGAUCAUCCGCUCUGUGGAGGAGCAGGACGAAGGCUUGUACACCUGCAACCUUCACCACCACUACUGCCACCUCUACGAGACCCUGGCCAUUCGCCUGCAGGUCACCGAUGACC